CGAUUAUCUAACCUCAACACCAACUUAUUAUCAUGACGUUACGGCCUCAACGAUAACCUGCUGUUUACGAACCUCAACAUGGUCGUCCAGCAGCAUGUGCUAAAUUGGUUAUAUAGCGUUCUGACAAGUGAAUACCAAGAUGUCAAUCGAACGUAUAACGAUGUAGCCCAGGCACUGUCUCAAUACCCUUCGCUGUCCCCGAGGACAGAUGUCCAUACUUUCGACAAUGGCGUGUCUGCCCUCCUCUUACACCUCUCCGGUACCAUCCCCGUCAUAUUCCGUGGGACCACAUACCGAUUUCCUAUCUCGUUAUGGAUACCACACGCCUACCCACGAGAGGCACCUCUUGGAUAUGUUACGCCUGCCGAGAACAUGAUGGUACGGCCUGGUCAACAUGUCGACCCUCAGGGACGUAUAUAUCAUCCCUACUUGGUGGGCUGGGCAGAAUUUUGGGAUAAAUCUUCUCUACUAGACUUCAUUGCAAUACUCAGGGACAUAUUUGCAAAGGAGCCUCCAGUGGUCUCUCGGCAGCAAGCCCAUAUUGCACCUAUACAUCAAUCUGCUCCGACUCCAACACCCCCACCAGUUCCGCCUUUGCCUCCGGACAUAUCGAGACAACCCCUCCAGCAGAUCUCCUCCUCACACAUAAACGAUUCGAGACCGCCCCCGCCUCCUCCUAAAGAUAGUGACCUACCUCAGGUAAUAUCUGGGCCAUCUACCGUCAUGGACGGGCCUCCACGACCACCUCUGCCAGAUGAGUUCCGGCGACAAUCUAGUCAGUACAGUACUCCAGCAGGGGCAAGCCCAACACCGCAGUUGAAUCGAAUGUCCAGAUACGACGCCGCCCCUCCACUACCACCCCAACAAGCCCCGCCUCAGCCAACCCAAUCGUAUCAACAACCACCCCCGAACCUACAAUAUCAGCCUCAACCUCAGCAACAGCAACAACAUGCGUAUCUGCAUGUCGACCCUUCGACUGGGCUCGCACCGCAAGAUUCCCGCCGCGUAUCUAUAAUAUCCCCUGUCACUCCCAUCCCCUACAACCCAGCUGCCCCUCCUGGGUCGUCAUCAUACGGCGGUCCACCACCGAACUGGCAACAUCCCGUACAACAACAGCCCCCGGCGCAACCAAAGCCCAAGCCACUCCCACCCCCUGACCUAAUGGACGAGCCUUUCUCCCUUGCCCUUCCUUCCUCUUCGGCAACCAACCUUUCCCCUCCCCCCAUCCCUCCCAACCCCGAGAAAGACGCUCUGCUACGACAACUCGCCUCGACUCUCCACAGCCUACGUCAGCGCGCCCGCUCGCACAACGAAUCUUCUCUCUUGGGUCUAGCCGCGCAACGUAACGCCAUGCUGGCUGCGCUUCAAAACCUGCAAUCCGACUCCGCCUCUCUAACUCCUCUCACCUCCAUGCUUGCCUCCAACACGUCCAUCCUCCAGAACUCCCUGCAGGAAGCGGAUCGCGUGAUAUCUAGCGCGCAAACUCGCGAGCCCCCUCCCAUCGACGAUUUAUUAGUCGCCCCCACUGUCGCCGCGAAUCAGUUAUACGACGUUGUUGCCGAGGAGCGAGCGCUAGGCGACGCUAUCUUCGUGCUGGGGAGAGCAGUCGAGCGCGGCAGGAUUAGCCCUGCCGUAUUCGCCAAGACCACCCGCAGCCUAGCCCGUGAGUGGUUCUUGAAGAAGGCACUUGCGAGGAAGAUAGGGAGGGGUAUGGGGCUUGCUGGGUAAAUAGCUUCCUAGGUAGGUACCUUGGAGAUGGGAAAUGUGGAUAAGCUAUUAUUUAGGUCUUAGGGUUAAGUUGGUAACCUCCUUUUGCGUUGAUCUUGCUCAGUAACAAUGGUAGUUACAGGGAAUGGGUCGCCAUAACAGGAUCACGCGGAAGUAAACAAACUAGUGAGAUGUACCGAGGUCUCGGAUGGGUUCAUCAUAAACGAACCCUAUGAUAAACUACGACGACGACGAUGACAACGAUAACCGACCAAGAGAUUACGCAGUCAAUUAGACAGCUGACUAGCUGUUCAGGUAUACCAAGAAAUAAAUGAGAGGACUCGUUUCUGAUAUCUUGAAU